UCACAACAAAUGUCCGAAAAUGACAAUUCAAUGACAGCUGUUACGUCAUUAGACUGUUUUGAAACUGUUCGUAUCUCUAAUCACAUUGUAAAAUGUUAUCAUUAUAAUUUAUAAUAAAUAAAUAUCUUAUUGAUUUUUUUUAAUGCAAUUUCUUGUAUAUUUAUUAUUGCCAUAUUUUUUACUUUUACCUCAUUAAAAUGUAAUUCAAUUAUCAAAAACCUGACAUUGCUUACAGUGACAGCGACGACACCGAUAAGAAAAGUGUACAAAAUAUGAUUACUGAACGCAGGUAGACUUUAUUGACAAAAAAAUCCGAAGCAAAACAAGAAAUCUUUAAAUUGUAAAAUAUUCGAAAAGUUUGCGAAAGUGCCAUGGAAAUUAUUAUAUUUUUGUAAAACAUUUAAAAACAUAUGACAGUUUUGUUUUGUGCAGCUUUUUCUUUUCAUAUAUAGCGAUACUAUAUAUGGAUAUACAUGGAUUAAAAAUUAUUUUUUUUAUCGCUAAAACUGUUUUAAAUAUUUAUUGUUACAAUGGAUAAUUAAUUCCAGUAUGUUACAGAGUUCCCAUUUCGAAGACUGUUCAUUUAUCAGAUAAGUACAACAAAUUAUAAAAAUCUGCAGAAAUGAAGCGACAAAAUGUCCGUACUCUGUCCCUGGUUGUGUGUACAUUCACAUACCUGCUGAUUGGAGCAGCAGUAUUUGAUGCUCUUGAGUCAGACACAGAAAGUAAACGAUGGGAGGUAUUAACAGAUAUGAAAAAUGGACUAGUCCGAAAGUACAAUAUAACUCCAGAAGAUUAUCACAUGAUAGAAAUAGUUAUAAUAGAGAACAAACCUCAUAAGGCUGGGCCUCAGUGGAAAUUUGCUGGAGCAUUCUAUUUCGCAACUGUUGUCCUUGCUAUGAUCGGGUAUGGCCAUUCCACUCCUGUCACUGUGGGUGGGAAGGCUUUUUGCAUGGCUUAUGCAAUGGUGGGCAUUCCCCUGGGUCUAGUGAUGUUCCAGAGCAUCGGUGAACGAUUGAACAAGUUUGCAUCUGUAGUAAUACGACGAGCUAAGUGUUACCUCCGCUGUGAUACCACUGAAGCCACCGAGAUGAACCUCAUGUUUGCCACUGGGAUGCUGUCAUCUAUUAUUAUAACUACUGGUGCAGCUGUGUUUUCUCGUUACGAGGGCUGGAGUUAUUUCGACAGUUUUUACUAUUGCUUUGUUACACUCACAACCAUUGGAUUUGGGGAUUACGUUGCUUUACAGAAUGAUCAAGCGCUGACUAGUAAACCUGGAUACGUCGCUCUGAGUCUCGUUUUCAUACUAUUCGGACUGGCGGUGGUCGCCGCUAGUAUCAACUUGCUUGUUCUUCGGUUCAUGACAAUGCAAGCCGAGGAGAACGCGCGCGACGAGGAGAAAGAUGGCUCCCGGACUCUACUGCCGCUCGAUGCGCGUCGCGAUCAUGACGAUCAGGCCUCUGUGUGUUCCUGCAAUUGCCUCGGUAACAAGCAAUGUGAAGGCGGCGCGUUGCUGGCGGCGCCAGUGCGGCCCCAUCGCCUACUAUCCCGCGCCUCACUUACACCCGACCUCAUCGAGAGGGCUUCUGUAUAAAUUAUUGAUAAAUAUUUCAGCCCAUCACAAUAAAAAAUCAAUUAAUCUUAGUUCUCAAGAAUGGCAACGCAUGGGGGGUAUCAUGGGCAACACAGUUUACUCUGUUAUGUCCAUGGUACUGCUCAUGUCUAUAGGCGACGGUUACCACUUUCCAUCAGGUGGGCCGUCAGCUUGACUGCCAUUAAAAGAAAAUGGAACUCAUUUAUCUAUUGUACAUAUAAAAAACAAAAGUUUUUAUAACUGACUGAUCAUUCAACGCACAGCCAAAACCGCUUGGGUUAAAAAAUUAUUAUAUAAACUCAUAUCUGUCCUGUAAUUUAAAAAUGGAACGACCUUUUACUUCGGAACAUGGCUACCAAGGAGGUAACUAAUAAAAGGUUUUAUUUAAAUUUCGAAUUGGCUUGCAAAUAGAAAGCUGUUUAUUGAAAAAAAAAAACAAAGAAACAUUAUGGCGCGUGAAAAAUUAUUAUUGUUCGUUAUUCGUCAUUGAACUUAAAAAGUAAAAUUGUGUUUUUGAUUUCCGCGUAUUGUUUGAGAAAAGUACUUUACAAGCCUUGGCCACAACUAGGCAUUGAUGGACUCACGUGUGUGUGCUUCGGCUACACCUCGGCCCUCAUUUGCACUUUCGUCCAUCAAUGCCUCUGUUUCUAGCCGCUGCAGUAAUGUACUAUAAAUUUUAAGUUUUUCUUAUGACGUAAGCGUGUACUGAGUGAGUUUUCUCGAAAUUUUUACUGCAAUGCAAAAUAUAUUAAGAGGCGUAGCAUGAAGAUUCUACAUGGUACAUUUACGUCUAAUGUGUAUAGAUAUACAUAUAUAUUAUUUACUAAUUAUUGUAUGCUAUUAUGAUAACAUAUGUAUCAUAAUUUAAAUGGCUUAUAUGUUUCAUAUGUUUUUAAUUUAUGAUAAAUCAUGAAAUUAGUUUAUUCAUAUUGAAAGAUAGACCAAACGAUUGUACUAUUAAAAUUUUUAUAUAGGUAUAUAUUCUUUAUUGCACUUGUAAAUUACAUAAUGCAUUUAUAAAUAUUGUAAGCAAGGGUGGACUUAUAUUUGACAGAGAUCUCUUCCAGUCAAUCCAGUACAGUUGGUAAGUAUGUUAUUAGCAGGCAUAAAUGCUUUUGAACAAUUUUGUAACGACAUCUCUUAAUUAUUGUGGGAAAAUAUACAAUUAUUCUUUGCUUAUACAAAUAUAAUAAUUCAAAGAGGUUUAUAAAAAUCUAUCUACAAAUAAAAGGGAAUUUAAUUUCUACAAUAAUAAAUGAAGGGAAUAAAGACAAGUAAAAUAGUUACAAAUACUUUGUUAUAUUCUCCGUUAUAGUAUGAAGUACCGAGAAUCGAUUAGGAAGAAAGGUUCUUAGUGGCGAUCUCAUAUAGGUAAAUGCAGUGUAGGACGCCCCUCCUUAAUAAAUGGAGCAACGAGCUCCAAUGCAUGGCAAGGAGUCAGUGAAAGCAGGUGACUCAGGAUCGUUUCUUAUGGCAGUUUCUAGGGGAGGUCUAUGUUUAGAAGUGAACAGGUAGGGCUUAUUUCGAAGUUAAAUUAGUAUGUGUAAUUUGUAACUUAUAAGGUUUCAUCUGUUAACAUUUUGAAUGUUAAAACUGUAUGUACAAAAUUAUUUAAGAAUAUUAAGGUAAUGAAAGAUGUUAGUAGAUUUGUUAUACAAUACACACUCACAAUAAUAAUGUAUUAUAUACAACUGUCAAGUACGUAUCGAAUCACGCGUUAUAAAGGGUUCCGUGGCUAUUCUAAUAAUAAACUUUUAACAUAACUAAUUUGCCUGAUCUGUGCAGUAAAAGUGGGCUAAUGUUUUACUGUUGUGAGGAAAAUCUCGAUAAUUAUGCAUUGUUGUAAUCCAAAGGACAACGGCAAAUCAGCGGCGGAGGAUCGGCGACAAAAAUCGUCGAUGCUCAGUUGUCGAUCUUCCGCCCCGAGAGACUUGUGGAAAAUAUCCUUUUUAUAGUUAGUCUCUGAAAUGCACAAACUGGUCAUUGUUCAUAAUUACAGUUGCAUUGAAUAAAAACAAGCUUGAGUUUUAGAGACCACUGAUUUUGUAGUGAUUACAAACUAUAAAUGUAUCAAAGAUAAGCUGCAAAUUAUGGUUGACUUCAAGCAAAUUACUUUGACAGGACAUUGAGGUAAUAUGAGUAUUGCUACGGAACCUUGAAACAAUAUGUAUUGUGAUAAAUUUUAAAUAUAGUGCAAACCGCAGCUCACUGUAUUGAUAAAUAUUUUGAUGUUAGGGUAUGUAAUGCACGUAUGAUAAAAGUGGUAAGGAAACUACAAUGUAAGCAAGUACCAAUAAUAAUAUAAAUAUAUUGUAUUCAGAAAGCCUUGCUUUUUUUUGUAACUUGCGUAAUGUCUAUUAAAAUUUCAAUAACUAGAGUCUAAUUGGCAAAACGGCUAAUAUUUUUUGUCACUUCUUUGUAGUAAUAAAUAUAUAUUGAAAAAUAUAUUUUCCUUCCGAAUUAUAUAACAUAGUCACAUUUUCAAACAGAACGCAAGGUUCCAAUUUUUUACUUUAAUGCUAUUUUAAAAUAGUUUUUGUGUGUUUUUGUACGUUAUAUUGUAGGUAAGGCCCCUAAUGUUAUCUGGUCAUGGCUGUGUUACCUUCGAAGCGCGACAUAAAGUGCCCAAGAGAGUUUUUAAUCUUUCAAUUUUAGACGCUGUACUUGCAUAAACUUUAUACAAGCAAGGCUUUCAGGUAAUCUUGGGGAGAGUUUAAAAACAAUUUUAUGCGAAAUGUAAUACGAUUCAUUUUAUAUAAUUCACUGAUUUGAAUAGACAUCUCGCAGUAGUUUCUUUUUUUGUGUGUAAUUGAAUGGUAACUUCGCCUGUGCUAUUGGUAUACGCUGCCGAGGCACUAGUGGGGGAUGAUGUGUGAGAAUAAAAGUAGGGGAUCUACUAUGAAAUCAAAUAUUGAUUUUUCAAAUUCAAUUUCGUAUUUGUAAUAAUUCUUACCAUAAAAGUUCAAAGGAAUGAUAUAUUAACAUAUAUAAUAUUUUUAAUUAGUAUGUACUAUGUAAUCAAAUUUGUGUUUCGUUCGAAAUGUAUUAUGAUUCGCAUAAAGCGACUCUUAUUCCAUAUUUAUACGUAUGAAAUUGAGAUUAAUUUAGAAAUAACAAACGAAUGUAGUGUGUAUGUGAAAUAAAAUAUAAGGACACAUCGUAAAAUAAGUAUGACAGUGCCAAAUAUUUUAUACAAACAUUUUUAAUAAAAACACUUGGUACUUAUUAUGAUAUAGAUCAUAGGCGUAUUUAAGUUGGAGGGGUUAUGGUCACUUCAGAAUUAACUGAUGCCCGCCUCAGGAUGCAAGCAGAAAUAUGAGCAAAGACAUGUUUGAGAGUACAUAAUAUGCUUUUUUAAGGGGCCAGGCCCCUCUGGAAACUCUAAAAUACGCCAAUGACAUCAUAAAUAAUAAUAUAUUUAUCUGAUUUGAAUAUUAUAAUUUAAUCAAUUUACUUGCGUAUUGCUUAUGCAAUGAUUAUUUUUAACCCUUCUUUGCAUGUUUUUUUUUAUUGGUGAAAUAAAUUUUACGUGAUAUAUUUCAUGUUCAAAAUUAAAAGAAAAAUGGUUAAAAAAAUAAAUUUGACAGCUAUGUUUUUUUUUUCUGCAAUGGACAUUAAAAAGGUAUCCAGACACGAUUCACUUAAAGUGAACUUGUUCUUUUAUAUAUAAUGUUAUGAUGGAAAUUUCCACCAAUUUGUUUAAGAAGGGUUAAAUAUAACUGACAUUAGGUAUUUUAUACAGUUGCUUUGCGAAUUUUUCUAGUCACAUGAAUACUCGUUUAUAGAGUAGCUAGUGUAAGUUCCACUAUUUUAUAUUUUGUACAAAGAUUUACGUUAAUGCUCCGCUAGCCACAGGCAUAUGUAGUUGGGGGGGGGGGGGAUAGAUAAUCUCCUUUCCAGAAUUGUCUAAUAUCCAAUCAAGGAUUCAAGCAGAGCUUUCGAGCUGUACACAGAAACAUGUUUGUGAUUACAUACAUAUACGACUGAUGUAAUAUUACAAUACAGGAAGACUUUUAGCAAACAACUUUUUCCUUAUUGAAUAAUUUAUUUUAAUACAGUACAUGUGGAACGUUCAACAAUGCGGAGCGAACAGAGAGAGAAAAAAAAAUACACUUUAAUACAAUAUAGAGGCAUAGAUCAUAAUCGUGUACAGCCAUGGGUGUGAGAGUGUGCUCUAUCUUAGGUUACAACAACGACUUUAAGAAAGCCUUUUCGGAAAACGUUUCAUGGUAGACCCUCAUAUCAGAUCGAAACUUUAUAACGUAGACAAUUUUAACGUAAAUCUUUGAACAAAUCACAUUUGGCGAUCAAUAUAUUGUUGAAUUAAAUAUACAGGCGCAGAAGAUUGUAAGUGUAAGAAUUUAUUUAUUAUAUACGUAAUAAUUAUUUACAAUGUAGGUAUACUACACAUCAUAGGAUUUUUUUCUACGCAGUGUCAUAUCCUGUCCUGCACAGUGAACACUUUGUGUAUGCAACAAGUUGAAUAUGUUUUAAUAUUUGACAAUAGACGUAUCCGUACCUGUAUACUUAAUAUUGUAACAGUCUGUAUUUAUUUAUUUAAUUAUCUUUAAUUAACGCAUAUUGUAUAUUUGUUCUGUGAUAUAAUUUGAUCUCUAUUGAGUCGUUAUAAACGCUUGAUUUUUUUUUAAUUAAUGGUAAAAAUUUAUUUUAGGCUUUUUAAAAAAAAUAAAUUAUUAAUUCAGUGGUAAUCGUAAUUGUGCCAAAUAUUUGAUGUGUUAAUAUUAAUGUUAUAUGAAUAUGUUUUUACAUUAUUUACUUAGUAUACUCGAUGUAUUAAUAUAAUAAUAAAUGUUAUAUAAAAUUUA